AUAAAACAAACAGAUGGAAAAUAAUUUCUUACUUUCAACUGCCAAACUCGGCAAUUAUUUUCACCUUAUUACAUAUGCAUAUGAAAUACGAAGGGGUAAUCGCGUUAGACCAAACAAUAACUAAAGGCAGCAAAAUUAAAUUCUUAGUCGAGUUCACCCUUUUAUCGCAUAGCAGCCCUGAGAUCGUAGCCAAGUGAAAGAAGAUUACUUUUAAUGAAACUGUUUGAUAACAAGCAAAAGCACUUAAAAGGCUUGAAAAUGUAAAUAAAAAAGCAAUCUUCUGAAGGGAGAAAAAAAAUAUAAAAAAAAAAGUAAAUAAAACAAUAAAGGACAUCACAUAUAUACGCGUAGGCGUUUGCUUUAACUAUAUUGUGCUAAAAGUAGCAUCGAUUAUAUCGAAAAAACGAAGGAUUUGUUUAGUAAUUGCUGGAUGAGGUUUAUUGGUUGUGCAUUGAAUACGCCGGUGACGGAGAGGGCGACCGUGCAAACGGUCGUCGAAACCAAUAUGAUACGCUGUAAAAAUUGGUUUUGUGCACGUAGUAAUAACAAUGAUUAUACUGAGGUUUCAAUUGCUGGCAGUGGCAGUGGUAGUGGUAGUGGUAGUGGUAGUGGCACUACUAACGCCCAGCAGCAAACAACAUCAGAUGCAAUGACGCGUCAAUAUCAAGCUGCCAACGGUUCUGCAUUGACUGGCCAUCAGCAUACACCAGUUCAUGCAUCAUCGACUGCCAGCACAAACGCUGUCGCUGCUAUUAACAAUGCGGUCUCAGCUUCAGGCUGCAAUGCGCAUGUAGUUACAUUUUUAGAUGAUGUACCCAGUGGCAGUAAUGGUGUUGUUAAUACCACAACCCGCUUAAUGAAUAGCACAGACAUGCAUCACCAUCACAUGGCUGACUUGGAUAUGGAUACCAUUGAUUCGGCUGAUGACUUUAUAGCCGGUCAAAUUGUUAGUUCAGCUAUGUUAUGCGAUGAUACAUUGCCCACAUCAAAAAAUUGCUAUCGCCUAGUUUUACUUGGGUCAUCACGCGUGGGCAAAUCAUCAAUAGUUGCACGUUUCUUGGGUAACCGUUUCGAAGAGGCCUACACACCCACUAUCGAGGACUUUCAUCGUAAAUUAUAUCGCAUACGCAAUGAAGUCUAUCAAUUAGAUGUCCUAGAUACAUCUGGCCAUCAUCCGUUUCCAGCAAUGCGACGUUUAUCAUUCUUAACGGGUGAUCUUUUCAUUUUGGUCUUUAGUAUGGAUUCGCGUGAAUCCUUCGAAGAAGUGGUGCGCUUACGUGAAAACAUAUUGGAAACGAAAUGGGCAGCUUUAAAUCCGGGCUCGGGAUUUAAAAAGAAAACCUUACCCAAAAUACCGAUGAUAUUGGCGGGUAAUAAAUGUGAUAGAGAGCCACGAACGGUUCAACUUGAUGAGGUUAUGGGCUAUAUAGCCGGUCAGGAUAAUUGCUGUGUAUUUGUUGAAUGCUCGGCAAAGCAAAAUUUCCAUAUCGAUGAUUUAUUUUAUACUCUAUUUAUGGUUUCGAAUUUACCUUUAGAAAUGGCACCGAAUCAUCAUCGACGUGUGGUUACCGUAUUUGGUGCACCCUCGCCUCUGCCACCUCAUUCAUCGGCUGGGGGCUCAAAAAAGAAUGCCCUUUCCAUUAAGCGACGUUUUAGUGACGCGUGUGGUGUAGUUACACCGAAUGCCAGGCGCCCGAGCAUACGCACCGAUUUGAAUUUGAUGCGUUCAAAGACGAUGGCCAUGAGCGAGGGCGAUGGAUCGUCGGCCCGUAAAAAAUGCAUUAUUAUGUAAAAAAAAAAAAAAAAAA